UGUAGAGCAAUGUGAGAAUGAGCUGAUAAAAGAUCUGAGUGUGCAGAACUGAUAACAGACCAUAUGUACAACUGGACACAGGGGGAACAAAUAAAGUGUGAUUAAACAAACUAAACAAGACUGCAGUGCACCCUAAAGCUGAGACCACUAAAGCGAAAGUGUGGUGGGCAGCAAAUGGGUCUGACUCAGAAUGAAACUCUAGUCUUCCUGCAUUCCUGCGCAGUCUCUGUGGAGAACAGCUGCAGUGAUGGAUGCAAAAGAAGGUGAUUGUAAUAAGGGUCAACCUCAGUCCAGCAAUACAGCAGGAUUUAAUUUUGGAAAUAAACCGAAAUACCUCACAAUUGUAGCUGGAGAGACCCUGAAUUCUCACAAGGACUUCAAUAAACGUCUUCAGAGAGAAGUAUCAGGUUUGCAAGAGGUGUCGGAAAAGAAGGAGUGUGAUGUCAUUCUGCUUUUCUGUCCUGUUGUUUCACGUGCUGGAACUGACAUUAAAGCAGCUCUGAAAAAGCUUCAUAAUAUUCCAGACUCCAAGCCUGCUGUUCUAGUGGUGCUCCAUCACACAUUUGAGCCAGAGUGCACUGUACCAGACAGCAGCAGAGCUGUAACCAGAGAGAAAACACUCACAGUGGACUGUCUGUUCUAUGAGGAUAAAGGACUGCUGCAGUGCAGGAAGAAUGAUGAAGCAAUAGAGCAGGUUAAAAAGUGGAUCAAACCUCAGGUGCAAGGAAAGGGAAUGGCAAUUAAUAUACUAGUUCAAGGCUUUGCAGGUGGUUUCCCUGAUUUGGGAAUACUGCGAAGGUUCAGGGGAUCUCAAGAUAAUCAUUCACAACAGCCAAUUGCAGCAUCUGGAGCCCAGAUGAACUCAACAACACCUAGAAGUGAAGCAACAAGUGAAUUUAAUUUUGAUGCCUUCAUUGAAGAAAAUGAGAAAAUGCAGCAACUGAGAGAAAAAAUUGAAGAAGAAGAAAACAAACUGAUGAACAUGAGUAGGGGAAAAAGUCAUGCUGCGGCUUGGUGGUCAAAUGUCUAGCUCCAAUUCCAGUGGUCCUGGGUUCAAAUCCCAGGUUUGCACAUGAGAAGUGUGUUGGUACAAGCAUAUUUCUUGUUCAGCUGGUGAUUUAAUGCCAUGUUUGCCAUAUUUCAUUGCAUUAACUUGAACAGUAACAUUUUACCUGAUCACUAGAUGGGCCUCAUUUGAGGUUAAUUUUGCUUGGACCCCCGAAUUGCCACUUACAGCUGUGUUUGUAUGUGUUGUUUGUGCUCCAGAUUUCUCGGAAAUGAUUCUUGCAUCUGAACUGAGGCUGGUGCUAGUGGGGAGGACUGGGUCUGAAGCAGAAAACAUAA